CCCAAUUCAGGUAAGAUUUGUCUUCUUUCUCUCCUUUGUUUACGAAAUCAGAUACAAAAGCUUUCUCAAUACCAAAUCUCAAACCAAAAAAAUCAAAUCUUUUUCUUUGAGAUCAAAAGCUUUCACCUUUCUAAAGCAAACAAACAAAAGCUUUAAGCUUUGAGAAACAAAACAAAAAACAAAGCUUUCGAUCCAUGGAACCUGCAGAUUCUUCACCACCACCACGAGAUACGUCGGAGCAAAACCCAAUGCCCUCGUCUCCAAAUGGAGAACCUGAGACUUGGGUUGAAGAUUUGAAAAACAUUGCUACAGCUCUGGAUGUAAGAGAACGUUUGGGCAGUAAGAUCGGUGAGACCGCUUCAAUGAUUUUUGAGUUUUUACUUCAGUGGAAGGAAUAUGAAAAGGGAGUGGAGUUGAAGGAGAAAUUGUUUACGGAGCGGUUUGUGGAGCUGAAGAAGAGGGAAGAGCGAGUGAAGCUUGUUGAAGAGAGAGAGAUCAAGGUUGAGCUGGCUGAGGCUUCAAUCUCUGACCGAUUAAGUGCUUUGGAGGAGAAAGAAAAUGAAUGUGAUAUGAAACAGUUCCUGGGAGAAAAUGUGAUGAGAGAGUUGAAGGAGAAACAUGGAGAGCUGAUGAGAGAGUUUGACGCAAGGGAGAAUGAGCUUAGGUUGCUUGAGUUAAAGGAGAAGGAACUUGAAGAAAGGGAGAAAAGGCUGGAAUUGAAACAGAGAGAAGUUGAAGAAAGAUCAACAAAUGCUGAGACUUGUAAGAGAUCUUGGGUUGAAUCUGUAUCAACAAACAAGGGUAGAGAUUCUGAGUCUCUGAUUCCCCCUGGCAAAAAACAUAAAUCCAUCACAGAACUCUACGAUGCUGCUGGUGAAGAGAAGAGUGUGCUACCUGUAAAGAGAAGUUCUGCUCCUGAAUCUGAGCAUACAAGUGAAGCAAAGAGAAGAGAGGCUUAUGAAACUGUCUGCAGAGAUGAAAGCGAUGAUGAGGAUCCUGAGCCAUUCACUUGUCCUGAUCCAGACUUCAACGAUUUUAACAACGAGAUGAGCUCUUUCGCCGUGGAUCAAAUAUGGGCUCUGUAUGAUCCUAUAGAUGUCAUGCCUCGAUACUAUGCUCAGAUCAGGAGAGUACUUUUGAAAGAUAUGAGUUUACGGGUGAGAUGGCUCGAGUCAGUGCAGACCACAGAACAUGAGGAGCUGAUUCCCGUUGCUUGUGGGAGAUUCAAAUAUGGGAAAACUGAGAACAAAAGCCUCCUUAUGUUUUCUCAUGAGAUGAAUCACAUCAGACGUGGCAAAAACGUCACUAUAACCCCGAGAAAAGGCGAGACAUGGGCUCUUUUCACAGAUUGGACCAAGGCUUGGAACAGUCACAGGGAGCAGCACAAGCCUCCUUACAAAUACGACUUUGUGGAAGUCCUGUCCGAAUGUGACAGUGAUCAUGGCAUUGGAGUGGCUUACCUAGGGAGAGUGGAGGGGUUCACAUCAGUCUAUAAACUUGCUGCGCAACAUGGACUUGUCCAAAUCAUGAUAGGAUCUGAUGAAAUGCUUAGAUUUUCUCAUAGAGUCCCGUCUGUUAAACUGACAGGAGAUGAGGAAGAAGGAGUCCCAGCUGGAUAUUUUGAGCUAGACCCUGCCGCUAUUCCCCGAGCUUAUCUUAAAGCUACUAAGGUUGAAGAAGAAAAGAUUAGGAUAUAGUCUUUGGUAUGAUAAGUCUGAUAUGUGUUCACUCUACUUCAUCUAUAUAAAUAAAUAUCAGGUAGAAUGCUUCCUUUGUCAUGUCUGUUUUCACAGUUUCAUUGCUAAUGAAUGUAUCAGAUUCUUAAGCAGCUUUUGAUCCUUACUGCAAAUUACAUGAUCAUAUCAUAUAAAUGUAUGAAGGGAAUGAAUGCAACUCCAUUGGAGAGUUCUUGUGUAUAAUUGUGCUGUGAUGGGAUGUUGAUGAAGACUUGAAAGCCAUUUCAAAGUUCUUUAA